UCCGAAUACAUUUUUAUUUGAUCGAUCAGAAAGGGGCAAAACUGUCUCCAGCUCGAACCUAACUCAGUCUCUCAUUUUCUCUGCCAUCUUCGAUUUCUCUAAAUCUUCAUGGGAUUAACAACAAUGGCAACUAAUCACUUUACCUCUUCAUCCUCCUUCACUGUAACUCCAAAUUUCCAAACUCGUUCUUCUUCAUCACCGUCUUUCCUUUCUCGUAUCUCCUCCCUAAAACUUGAUCUAUACAAAGAUGCGCCUAAAAUCCUUGCAAUUCGUUGUUGUCAAAACCGUAAUUCAGAUUCUAUAAGUGCUUCAUUUACAGGUGACGAUGGUGUUGGAUCAAAGAAAUCAUCUUCGGUUUCAUCGUCAUCUUCUUCUUCUGCAAUCGAUUUUCUCACUUUAUGUCACCGUCUGAAGACCACCAAAAGGAAGGGAUGGGUCAAUCAUGGGAUAAAGGGUCCCGAAUCAAUUGCUGAUCACAUGUACCGCAUGGCAAUAAUGGCCUUGAUUGCUGGCGACCUACCUGGUGUAAACAGGGAAAGGUGUAUCAAGAUAGCAAUUGUGCAUGAUAUUGCAGAAGCUAUUGUUGGAGAUAUAACACCCUCGGAUGGUAUUCCUAAAGCAGAGAAAAGCAGGCGGGAGCAAGCAGCGUUAAAUGAAAUGUGUGUACUUCUCGGAGGGGGACUUAGAGCUGAUGAGAUACAAGAACUAUGGACGGAGUACGAGAACAACGCUUCUAUAGAGGCCAAUCUUGUGAAAGAUUUUGAUAAGGUUGAGAUGAUUCUGCAAGCCUUGGAGUAUGAAAUGGAACAUGGGAAGGUCCUUGAUGAGUUUUUUCUGUCCACGGCAGGCAAGUUUCAGACAGAAAUUGGGAAGAGUUGGGCAGCUGAGAUCAUUUCUAGAAGAAACUCGAGGUCGGGAAAAAAUGUUUGAUAGUGAACUCUCAAUUCAAGUGCUUGUUCUCUUGUUCUCAACCGGUUAAGCUAUCAUUUUUGCAUAACCAGUUUUAGCUGAACCUCACCCGACAGAACAUUUCUAGAUGCUCUUGAAUUUGUCAAAUAUACAUCGGUUUACAAUCAAUGGUGUACCAAGUGCUAACCAUGUAAUUUUCUUGGAGUGGUACCCAACCCCUACGUUACAUGAUUCCCCUUUGAGGUAUAGAAAACCAACUUUAGUGCCUUCGAUUUUCUUC